AGAAAUUCCAUGGGGACUGUACCUGAGCCUCUGAGAUCGGCUAAAACUUUCCUGAUUGAAGCUUCUGGAAAAGAAGAGGACCUAGGAGAGAGGAAGUCAGCUUCAUCGCAGCCUGGACCAGCCCUCUUGUGUAAGAACACCAAUGGCUUUUCCCACUCUCUUGCAGAAAAAGACCUCAGUCCCAGAGCUGCUGACCAGACGCUAACCCAGGUCUCUGAGCAUGAGAACACUCAGCUAGACAUGUCCUCUCCUGGCAUCUUCAAUGAGGUGCAGAAGGCAUCUCCCACACUCAACUCUCCCUGCAAUACUCAACUGCCAGGAGGCAGUGGGCCCACAGCACCAGCGCCGUGCUCUGCAGCAGGAAAGGACCUUACACACACAGCGAGUACAAUGCCAGCCAACCAACACCUCCACCAGGCCAGUCCAGGGGACCGGUCCAGUGCCAGUUCCUCAGCAGAACCUGAAACCACCCUGGUAAAAUCACAGAGACCCUCAGAUGGAGGUCAACCUGAGGAAUCAAGCUGUCCUGCAGCAGGCAUCAAGAGUAGCAGCAAAGACGGGGUGCUCUGUGAGUUUUCUUCUCAAGAAGCUGUCCAAGAAACGGUGCAGACUGUAACUAUUGCAGCCAUGGAGUCUGAGCUUGGUGAUGCCUCCUCUCCCAUAGGCAGCCCUGAAGGGGAAACACAGCAAGCCAUCUGUGGCUCACAGACAAGGUCCUGUGACUCUCCAGCAAAAGAAGAUAAAUGUCCAGGGCACAAACAGCCGGGUGCCACUGCCACAGACCCUCUGCUCAUGACACCUCAGUCACCGGCCCUCCCUAGCAAAAAUUGCAUGUUGCCUUCAGAUCCCGACAAGGCGCUGCUGCCAGCACAACAGCAGGUGUCAAAGUUCAAAGAAGCAAGUACAAUGACCAACCAAGUGGAAAGUGCGCCCCAGGACAUGCCCAGCAGGGCUCGGCAAGAUGCUGAGGUACAGGCCGUGGCAAGCGUCCAGAGCAGGAGUGUCUCCACCAGCCCCAGCAUCCUCGCUGCUUUCUUAAAGGAAAUCCCCGUUGCUGGGCAUUUCGAACAACAAGAACAGUUGCGUGUCAUUUGCCACAGCAGUGGAAAUGGCAUUCACAUUCUGGAAUUGGCAGACAACACGCAGGGCCCCCAGGAGCCAGAGGCCCGUACCCAGGCAGCUGCUUCCUCGGCUUUUCAAGAGGAAGGUAAAUCCGUGAUCCCACCAGCUGAGGUCCUGAACACUUCAUCAAUCAAGAUGGCACCCACUAAUACACAGGAUACAUGGAAAGAAAACGGAAGGGCAGGAGAAACGGCCCCCGUCAGGGAAAAGCCCCCCUCUGGACAGCUCCACAGUGUGAAUUCCAUCUCCCUGGAAGCUGGCCCUGUUGACCAGAUUUCUGUCAGAGCAGACCAUGGCAUUGAAACGAGUCAUGACUUAGGGAAAUUUGGAAGCAAGUCAUCUGAGUUUGCAGUGAAAACCCAAAAUGGCCACAAAACAAAUCCCGAUUGCAAACUCCCUGACUCUUGUGGCCUGGCCAGCAAAGCUGACCAGUCUGGGGGCUUAGAGGCCACAGUUACAGAAGAGGUGAUAGAGAGGAAACCCGAGUCUGCUCAGCUAGUGAAAGAGCAAGAACCCAAUGGCAGUGAUAGUCCCCACAUCAAGGCAAGUGCAGAGGCCAAGUCUCUCCUGCUCAAUCCUAACUCUCAGGAAAGCGGGAUUACCCGGUCAGCUGCCAGCCCCACACCAUCCCCAGUUAGAAGGAGUCAGGAGGGCUCUGUAGAAGAAAACAGACAGACCAAGCCAACCACCAGUCUGAACCUGCCUUCUGAUUCCCUGGGUGACUCCAGCCCGGGUUCUGGCAAGAGGACCCCUUCGCGCUCAGUCAAAGCCAGUCCUCGCAGGGCCAGCCGCGUCAGCGAGUUCCUCAAGGAGCAGAAGCUCAACGUGACGGCAGCUGCGGCCCAGGUGGGACUCACUCCGGGAGAGAAGAAAAAGCAAAUGAGCUCCGACGCCAAGCUGCAUUUGAAACAGUCCAAGCGUGUCAGGGACGUGAAGUGGGAUGAGCAGGGCAUGACUUGGGAAGUGUAUGGUGCUUCCCUGGACGCGGAGUCCCUGGGGAUCGCCAUCCAGAACCACUUACAAAGACAAAUCAGGGAACAUGAGAAAUUAAUCAAAGCUCAAAAUGGCCAGACCCGAAGAUCCAUUUCUUCAGAUACUUCAUCAAAUAAAAAGCUCAAAGGAAGACAACAUAGUGUUUUUCAGUCCUUGUUGCAGAACUUCCGGCGCCCCAAUUGCUGUGUUCGACCUGCCCCUUCUUCCGUGUUAGAUUGAAGGGGGACGUGUAGUGGAGCUCUUGUAUCUAUUUAUGAUUCGUAAGUGCCCAUCUAUGUCAAAACGUAAUUACAUUUUUCUG